CUCUUUAAAAGGUUGUUCCAGCAGCCAGGAGGGAGGGGGUACAGCCAUUGUUUCUGCCAAAGGUUUUUUUUUUCCCUCUCUCUCUGAUCUGAUUAUUUUAACUCCAGUUAAAGGAAAGGCAAGAUGGCUGAGAUGGGGAAGGGAGUCACUGCAGGGAAAAUAGCCAGCAAUAUGCAGAAGAAGCUCACCAGGGCACAGGAGAAGGUUCUACAGAAACUCGGGAAAGCAGAUGAGACGAAGGACGAGCAGUUUGAGCAAUGCGUGCAAAACUUCAACAAGCAGCUGACAGAAGGCAGCAAACUUCAAAAGGACCUCAGGACAUAUCUGACUUCAGUAAAAGCAAUGCACGACUCCUCCAAGAAACUGACCGAAUGUCUGCAAGAGAUCUACGAGCCGGACUGGCCGGGGAGAGAGGAGACCAACAAGAUCGCAGAGAACAAUGACCUGUUAUGGACGGACUAUCACCAGAAGCUCGUGGACCAGGCCCUCCUAACCAUGGACACCUAUCUUGGCCAGUUCCCUGACAUCAAGUCCCGCAUUGCAAAACGGGGGAGGAAGCUGGUGGAUUACGACAGUGCAAGACAUCACUUUGAAUCCCUACAAAAUGCAAAAAAGAAGGAUGACACAAAAAUUGCCAAGCCCGUGUCGUUGCUUGAAAAGGCCGCACCUCAGUGGUGCCAGGGGAAAAUACAGGCACAUCUGGUUGCCCAGACUAAUCUACUCCGAAACCAGGCUGAAGAAGAGCUGCUAAAAUCCCAGAAAGUGUUUGAGGAGAUGAAUGCGGACUUACAGGAGGAGCUGCCGUCCUUAUGGAACAGCCGCGUUGGUUUCUAUGUGAAUACGUACCAGAAUAUUGCUGGGCUGGAGGAGACCUUCCAUAAAGAGAUGAGUAAGCUACAUUCAAACCUCAAUGAAGUCAUGAAGACACUGGAGACCCAUGAAGAAAAACCUUCUACUACUAACGCCUUCACUGUGAAAGCCCAGCCUAGUGACUCCAGCCCUGCAAAGGCAAAUAGGACUCCAUCCUCCCCUCCUGAUGGACCUCCUGCCGCCAGCACAGAGCCCAAGACCACCAACCAUGAGGAACCAGCUGCUGCCGCCUCGGUCAUUGUAGACACUCCAUCUGUGGUUGUGUCAAAAUCACCUUCUCAGCUGAGGAAAGGCCCUCCGGUUCCGCCACCACCAAAACAUACGCCCUCCAAGGACAUCCAGCAGGAGAAUAUCAUCGGUCUGUUUGAUGACAAUUUUGUGCCCGAGAUAAGUGUCACCACUCCCUCACAGGGCUGCAAGCCCGAACAGUAUCCAACUGGGGGCUUGGACCAGGACGAUUACAGUGCUGAUGCCACUUUUGUAGUAGACUGGUCCAGUCAGCCUAGUGAGUUUGACCAACCUUCAGAACCGGCUCCGGACACAACAUCUAAAAAUGAAGCUGAGGUCAAACCGGCCCCUGAGGAGAAAGACUCUAAUCAGUCCAGUUCUCUACCAGCUGUGGUCGUAGAGACGAUCUCUGCUACCGUGAAUGGUACUGUAGAGAGCACCCCUCCGAAGACCAUGCCUCCGGGAUUCCUGUAUAAGGUUCGGGCCCAACAUGACUACGGAUCAACUGACAAUGAUGAGCUAAACUUGAAAUCUGGAGAUAUUGUUCUAGUAACUCAGUUUGAAAACCCAGAGGAACAGGAUGAAGGUUGGCUGAUGGGAAUUAAGGAGAGCGACUGGCUUCAGAACAAGGAAUUUGAUCAACACAAAGGAGUCUUCCCAGAAAACUUUACAGAGAAAUACCAGUGAGGGAGGCCCUUUACCUCGGGGAUAUAUUGCAAAUUUUCUGUGAAAAUUAUCAAACCACAUCUACCCUAUGAACAAUUAACCCUACAAGUGUCAACUUAAAGGUUCAGUUCAAUAAUAGGCACAAGUAUAGUCAAUAGAUACCGUUCCUGGAAUGCUAAACAGUGUGUGUUUGUGCCCCAUUUCCACAAGCGGACGAGAUUAGGUCGAUCGUUAGUCUGUUACAGGUUGAUUGGUUUCCGGAGGGUCCCCAUGUUUUUGGAUGCUAUUUAAAACAAAACAAAAAAAGCCAAGUUAAAAAAACAAAAAACAAGUAGAGCCUAAAUUGUAUAGGGUGUACCUAUUACGGUGGAGCUGGCCGAUGUGUGUCCGACUGUCCCCGGUCUACUAGUGAUGUCACCAGUGAGUUUAUAGGCGUGCUCUCAUCCAAUAUGGCUACCUCCACUGUGCAUCGCUAGAUUCAGAGGUAUUGUGGAAUGGUCACUUACUUUGGAUAUAGCGUGCCAUCCAUUAGUAUCAUGCUCGGGAUAACAAAUACGAACCUCGUAACAUUAUUAUAUCUGCAUAAUCAUUGUAAAAUCUGUGUCGCCAUAGCAACAAUGACGCUCACUAGUAACGGGACAAGACUAAAGACCUAAUGAUGGCGACGCUUGCGCUGUACUGUGGUUGCCCCCACCUGUGUCUGCUCAUGCACUCUCCACUGCACUACUAAACCCAUAAAAUAUUUGGACAGCUCUGCAUCAGGUUAUAGGGCGUGAUUAUGAAUGUGGGUGUUUUUUUUUUUUUUAUAUUCUGUAUACUGUGACGUACGCAGCUCAGGGCAGGAAAUUCCAUAAUUUAUGCAUCAUUUUUCUCAUCCUACUUUCCACAGUCCGGAUUAUUUGCAUUUGACAUAUUUCUAAAACUCCAGAGCAGUAGACCUGGUAUAAUUAGUAGACUCUAUGUAGUGUUAGUUCCCAUCCUUCUCCACGUCUGGGUGACCACCAUGUCCGUACCAUGAAAUGGUAACCGAAGGUCCUGUCUGCUGUGCAGUAGACUGUCUCUCCAUGCCACAGAGACUUGUUUCUGUGCCUCCCAUAAGUCAAAAGGAAGAGUAAAAAAAAAAAAAUAUAUAUAUAUAUAUAUAUAUAUAUAUAUAUAUAUAUAUGAGAAAUAAUGUUCAGGGGUAAGAAGUGUUGUGUAUAUUGUGUUCUAUGAACUGAG